CUUCUUUCUUGGCUCCCUCUCAUCGACCAGCUUCAUCUGGUGUGAUCUCUCUCUCUUCGCUUCGCACUCUUUCCCUCUUCUCUUCUCUUCCCCCUUUUCCCUUACUCUCUCUCUCUCUCUCUCGGGAAGGAAUUCCGCUUUCCUUCGAAAGCCACAGCAGAAACCUCAAUUCCCUUCUUCAAUCAUGACUGUCAUGACUCCUGCUCCUAUUGAUCAACAGGAGGAUGAGGAGAUGCUCGUGCCGCACUCCGAUUUAGCUGAGAACAAUCACCAACCAAUGGAUGUUGUAGCACAAACUGAAACUGCUAGUACUGUGGAGAACCAGCCAGUUGAGGAUCCUCCAUCAUCGAGGUUCACAUGGAGGAUUGACAACUUUUCUAGGCUGAAUGCGAAGAAGGUCUAUUCAGAAGUAUUUGUUGUUGGUGGUUUUAAAUGGCGUGUGCUUAUUUUCCCAAAGGGAAACAAUGUGGACCACUUGUCUAUGUAUUUGGAUGUUGCCGAUUCACAAAGUUUGCCUUAUGGAUGGAGUAGAUAUGCACAGUUUAGCUUGGCCGUGGUUAAUCAAAUUCAUCAUAAGUACUCAGUCAGAAAAGACACACAGCAUCAGUUCAAUGCGCGAGAAAGUGAUUGGGGCUUCACGUCCUUUAUGCCUCUUGGCGAACUAUACGAUCCUAGUAGAGGUUAUCUUGUCAAUGAUUCUGUCAUAAUUGAAGCUGAGGUUCUAGUUCGUAGGGUUGUGGAUUAUUGGACUUACGACUCAAAAAAGGAGACUGGUUAUGUUGGACUUAAGAACCAAGGAGCAACAUGUUACAUGAACUCACUUCUCCAAACUCUAUUCCAUAUUCCUUAUUUUAGGAAGGCUGUGUACCAUAUGCCUACAACUGAAAAUGAUUUGCCAUCAGCUAGCAUUCCUUUGGCUCUGCAGAGCCUAUUUUACAAGCUCCAGUACAGUGACAACAGUGUUGCAACAAAAGAGCUGACCAAGUCUUUUGGAUGGGACACAUAUGAUUCUUUUAUGCAGCAUGAUGUGCAAGAACUUAAUAGGGUUCUUUCUGAAAAACUUGAAGACAAAAUGAAGGGAACUGUUGUAGAGGGAACAAUACAGAAGUUAUUUGAAGGGCAUCAUAUGAACUACAUUGAAUGCAUUAAUGUGGAUUACAAAUCAACAAGAAAGGAAUCAUUUUAUGAUCUUCAGCUUGAUGUCAAAGGUUGUCGGGAUGUUUAUGCCUCAUUUGAUAAAUAUGUGGAAGUCGAACGUCUUGAGGGUGAUAAUAAAUAUCACGCUGAACACUAUGGAUUGCAGGAUGCUAAGAAGGGGGUGUUGUUCAUUGACUUCCCCCCGGUACUUCAACUUCAGUUAAAACGAUUUGAAUAUGAUUUUAUGCGGGACACGAUGGUGAAGAUAAAUGAUCGUUAUGAGUUCCCAUUGGAACUUGACCUUGAUCGGGAGAAUGGCAAAUAUUUAUCACCCGAUGCUGAUAGAAGUGUUCGUAAUCUUUACACGCUUCACAGUGUUUUGGUACACAGUGGCGGGGUGCACGGAGGACAUUAUUAUGCAUUUAUCAGGCCGACUCUUUCUGAUCAGUGGUACAAAUUUGAUGAUGAAAGGGUAACAAAAGAAGAUGUGAAGAGAGCAUUGGAGGAGCAGUAUGGUGGUGAAGAAGAGUUACCACAGACAAAUCCUGGAUUCAAUAACACUCCUUUUAAAUUUACCAAAUAUUCAAAUGCAUACAUGCUGGUGUAUAUACGUGACAGUGACAAGGACAAGAUAAUCUGUAAUGUGGAUGAGAAGGACAUUGCAGAACAUCUUCGGGAGAGGUUGAAGAAAGAACAAGAAGAAAAAGAGCAUAAAAAGAAAGAAAAGGCUGAGGCACACCUUUAUACUAUUAUAAAGGUUGCACGGGAUGAAGAUCUGGUAGAGCAGAUUGGUAGGGAUAUAUAUUUUGAUCUCGUGGAUCAUGACAAAGUCCGGAGCUUUCGUAUUCAAAAGCAGAUGCCGUUUAACCUUUUCAAGGAGGACGUUGCUAAGGAUUUUGGAAUACCAGUUCAAUUUCAGCGUUUUUGGUUGUGGGCAAAGCGUCAAAACCAUACAUAUCGCCCGAACCGGCCAUUAACGCCUAUAGAGGAAACUCAAUCUGUUGGACACCUGCGGGAGGUGUCAAAUAAGGUUCACAAUGCAGAACUUAAGUUGUUCUUGGAAGUAGAGCAUGGCCUGGAUUUACGCCCUAUUGCUCCACCUGAUAAGACAAAGGAUGAUAUUUUGCUUUUCUUCAAGCUAUAUGAUCCUGAGAAAGAAGAACUCCGUUAUGUUGGGAGGCUUUUUGUGAAGAGUACUGGUAAGCCAUUAGAAAUCUUAACAAAAUUAAAUGAAAUGGCUGGCUAUACUCCCGACGAAGAGAUUGAGCUUUAUGAGGAAAUUAAGUUUGAUCCUAAUGUCAUGUGUGAAUCCGUUGACAAGAAGUGCACGUUUCGAGCCAGCCAGCUUGAAGAUGGAGACAUCAUUUGCUUUCAAAAAUCUUCUCCAGUUGAAGGUGGUGAGCAGUUACGCUACCCAGAUGUUCCCUCAUUUAUGGAUUAUGUUCACAAUCGCCAAGUUGUUCAUUUUCGAGCUCUGGAUAAACCCAAGGAGGAUGAUUUCUGUCUAGAGCUGUCAAAACUUCAUACUUAUGACGACGUUGUAGAAAGAGUAGCGCAGCAACUUGGUUUGGAUGAUCCAUCCAAAAUCAGGCUUACCCCUCAUAACUGUUACUCUCAACAACCCAAACCUCACCCUAUCAAGUACCGGGGGGUAGAGCAUUUGUCUGAUAUGCUAGUCCACUACAAUCAGACUUCGGAUACAUUGUACUAUGAAGUAUUGGACAUCCCUCUACCAGAAUUACAAGGUUUGAAAACUCUGAAAGUAGCAUUUCAUCAUGCUACUAAAGAAGAAGUUGUGGUUCAUACUAUAAGACUGCCAAAACAGAGCACAGUUGGAGAUGUAAUUAAUGAUCUUAAAACAAAGGUCGAGUUGUCUCAUCCUAAUGCAGAACUUCGGCUGCUUGAAGUUUUCUAUCACAAGAUCUACAAGGUUUUUCCUCCUAGCGAAAAGAUUGAGAACAUAAAUGAUCAAUACUGGACAUUACGGGCAGAAGAGAUUCCAGAAGAAGAGAAAAAUCUUGGUCCUCAUGAUCGCCUAAUACAUGUGUACCAUUUCACAAAAGAUACAGCUCAGAACCAAAUGCAAAUUCAGAACUUUGGGGAACCGUUUUUCUUGGUCAUACAUGAGGGUGAGACUUUGGCUGAAAUUAAAGAGCGAAUACAGAAGAAAUUACAGAUUCCAGAUGAGGAGUUUGCCAAGUGGAAGUUUGCAUUUCUUUCUCUAGGUCGUCCAGAGUACCUUCAGGACUCUGACAUUGUGUCCAAUCGUUUUCAGAGAAGAGAUGUUUAUGGUGCUUGGGAGCAGUAUCUUGGAUUGGAGCACUCUGACAAUGCUCCUAAAAGAGCUUAUACGUCUAGUCAGAACCGUCACACAUUUGAGAAGCCUGUAAAAAUUUACAACUAGGAAAUAGUAUGUGAAAGUUCCUUCUUGCAUUGGGAUGACAACCCUCUACACAUUCAGGCUGAAAAAAUGGAAAAGCAGUGAAGGCAGCUCUGUUUAGGCAUCAAGUGAAGUUAGCAUCGAGGGUGGUGUCUGUGGGGUUUUGUUGUUGAUUUUAAUGUAAUUCUUUUUCCUAGUUUGAUGGGGAGGACUUUUUCCCAGAGUCAUUAUGUAUCUUCUACUCUCAACCACAGCCCCUUUGAGCUUCUAGUACUUCCGAUUUUUGGUGGAGGUUCUUCUUUGGGUGACAGGUCAGUGGCCUUCAUCAUGAAUUCUAUGUAACUGAACGGUACAUAUACAAGAUUUUUGAACUAGUGAAUGUAUACAGGGUAUAGUUGGGUGACA